CCUCUCCAAUCGGCGCUCGCUUGUUGUCACUGCAAGUUUGGUACUAUCUAUUAUAUGUGGUAGCGAACUUCAACAUCAUUUUGAGUGAUUAUCACCAGUUUUGGAAGCUGUAUGUGUUCCAAAUGAAACAUGAAGGAUGGCUGUUGAUAUUCUGUAAGUGUCACCAUGGGGACCGGUGCUUCUAGGGAAGAUGGACGUUGGGAUUCCACGCGCCGACCAAAAUCUGGCCACCAAUCGACCAGAGCAGAACCAGGUAGUGUGGUCCAUGUCCAAUUAACAAAAGAAGGAUUCUCCCCUGCUGACCUCAUCAUUACAAGUGGACAGGUGGUUUCGAUUUCGUGGUCAUGCAAUACUCGUCAGAAUGUAAAACAAGUGGUACUUGACAACCAGUUAGUCUUGGAGGUUAUUGGCGGCUAUGAUUCUGGUGACCUGACCUACCAAGGUCAAUAUGAUAUUGAGUUCAACAUAGAGGGAGAGUUUAAAUUUUUCAGUGCUGGCUCUGGAACUGGCAAAAUCUUGCAAGUCACUGUCUAUUCACAAUCAGUAAUCCAAGCAGAGGUAACAGAUGAAGGGUUUACAGAUAAUGCUUGGCAGAUAUUCCAAGGCAACACGAUCAAAUGGUUGUGGUCUGGAUGUGAGAGUCUUCGCAGUGUCAACGAGGUACAACUUUGCGCGAAGCAUACAGGGGUCCUGAGAACAAAAGCAAGUGAUGUGGAACCCUCAAGAACAGGAAACUAUAAAAAGAAAUUUGAGUCUCCAGGAAUGUUCUAUUUUCAAACUGAGGGGAAAUCUGGUGGCCAGCUACAAUUAUGCAUCAUUCAAGUAAAAGAAAUACAAAGAGAACACAAGAUUGAUGUUACAGACACUCGCUACAAUCCCAAGUUACUCACGAUCCACGAAGGAGAUAAAGUUUGGUGGGAGUGGAGUCGACUUAAGUGCAAGAAGCAACAUAAAAUAGUGCAAAUACAGUCACCCUCAGCAACUGGAAGUGAGAACCUGAGGCCUGUUAGAGGUGGAUUCAUGUCAGAAGGUCCCAGUCGUUCUGGUAUGCUGUGCCACAUGUUUACCUCUGUAGGAGUGUACUACUAUAGUGAUGAAACAAUUGAUGGGUUGAAGUUAAACUUUGGCAUUAUCAUUGUGAAACCGAAAGAGAUAGUGCACCCAAUUGAAGUGUCAGCAGAUGGAUUCUACCCAGACUUGCAAACAAUUUGCUCCGGGGACCGUAUUCAAUGGGAAUGGAAUGUACAUGCAGUCAUCAACACAUUCUCAAUAAUGUUGAUUGAUAGUUGUGUGGCAGGAGCUGGGAAUAGUGGUUCUGAAGUUGAUUGCAACAACAAAUGUCAAUACUUAGAUAAUGAUGGAGAAGCUCUCGUCACUUGCCUCGGUGUCACCAGUGUGCAAUUGAACACUACAGGAGUCUUUCAGUAUCGGAUCUCGGACUCACUAAUGAAUGUAGGUGGCUGCUCCAUCAUAGUUCAACCAGGGUCAAAGGAUCACUUUAUCAGAAUUAGUGAUAAAGGUUUUGAACCCAAUUCACUAACUGCACAUCCAGGGGACAGGAUCUGGUGGACAUGGGAGGGAUCCAAUCUACAGCACAAUAUUAGCCAGGUGACCAGUGGGGGACAUCCUAUCGAGGGUGGCUUUUGUAGUGGACAUCCACAUUCAGGGACAGGUGCUUUUUUACAUGAGGUCAUUGAUACAGGUGUCUUCUACUACCACAGCUCUGGUUUAUCAAAUAUUUAUGGGUCAUUUGUUGUAAAAAUACAAGCCAAGGUUCAUGAAGUGUCAGUAGCAAACAAUGUCGUCCUACCAGAUCCAACAUUAGUACAGAGCAACGAUUGUGUCGCUUGGCUGUGGCCACAGUUGAGCAAGCACGAUGUAAUACCAGUGAACCACACACGUGAAAUACUGGAUUUUAAGACGUACACGCAAGCCAUUCUCUUGCCAAGACGAUGCAUUGCCAAGCGUUUUACCAAUCCAGGAACCUACCAUUAUUACAGCAGGGAAUUCUCUACUAAAGGAGACAAAUUUAUGGAUGAGGAUGUGAGCUGUACUGUGUUAAGUUCAGUCGUUGUUAGCAACGACCCAGAACACACUUUAGUGAAAGUAACAAGAAAAGGUUUCAAGCCACCAAUAGUGACAAUUCAAAAGGGCCAGUCAGUCAUGUGGUCUUGGAAAGACCAUCCCAAUGAACGUCACAACAUUGUUCAUGUGAAUGCGACUGAACACCCCUACCCAUAUGGACCCAUGACAGGAGUUGAAGCAUUCGCAAGUAAUGAUGACAACAACAAUGAGAAAUGCUUCAUGCAUGCGUUCCAAAGCUACGGGAAUUACUAUGUAACAUCCAUGGGCACACCAGGCUGUGUUUUCAUCGCUAAUGUCAUUGAUGAUGAUAUUUACACAAGUACUCCAAUGAUAUCAUCCGAAUGCAAUGGGGGUGUUGUUAAACAGUGGCACAAAGUUCUCCUGAAGAACUCAACAGAUGAAGAAACUAUUCUCUAUACAUUAGAUGGAUCAAUCCCAGAAUUCCACAGUGCAAAUACAAGGGUGUACAAAGAUGAUCAGGGAAUUUGUCUAAAGCGUCCUGGAUUGGUGGUGAUCAGGGCGGUAGCUAUUUGUUCAAAUUCUCUCAACAGUGACAUAUUUACAUCUAACCGAUUUUGGGUUCUUAAGGGAGAAUUAGAUGACAGUUGUGAUGAAGAUGAUGCAUUUUCCAUAGCAACAGAGGACUUUGAAGAGGAUGAAGUGGGACCAACCAGCCGGUGGCAAUGGUGGAAUUGUGUGCCAGAGGUGAAAGGUUGGAUCAUAGAGCCAGGGGCUGUACAGGUAACCUGGGAAAGUCCUGCCAGUGAAGAUGUCAUUCAGUUGAAAGGUUAUCAGGUGUUUAUUGAUGGUGUGUGUUAUAGGAAUCUUAUUCCUGUUACCUGCACCAGUGUGGUGGUAACAGGCCUGCCAGGGGGCGAGUCACAUGCUGUGUCAGUGGUCGCUCUUCCAUCAGAAUGUAACUUCCUCCCUCUGGAGUCAAACAAACUGCAUGUCAAAUAUCAACUAAAGAGUGCUCUUGGUGGACCUUUGACCUCUUGUGCCAUUGCUGAAAAGGAUAACUCAUUCUACCUCAGUUGGCCAACUCUGGACUUAAGAGGGCGUGGUGUUUCAUACAGUAUAUAUGCAAAUGGAAAUCAAUGCGGACACAAGGUACAGCCGCAAAAUGGGAUCAAACGCUGUAAGGUGUUGAUUGAUGAUUGUCAACUACAUAAUAAAUAUAACUUCCACAUUCAGGCCAAGUUUGAAGGAUCCACUGAAAUUCUUAAGUCAAACAACCUACCAAUUACAUUACCCCUAAGCGUGAGUGAAAUAAUACCCCCAGCUGGUCAAUCCUUGGUUGAGCUCCCUUUUAUACAAGUCAUCGAGUCAAAACAGAAAACACAUUGUUUAAGUAAAGAGCUUCUUCCUACUGUUGACACAUCGAGGAAACUUGAACAAUCCGGAAUCACAGAUAAUUUUGGAAAACCAUUCCCAGAGGAAGCAUUGUAUGGAAGAAAUUCGUCAUUUGAUGUCGAGAGAGAAGAGGUAAAACACACUGGAAAUGACCAUCAAAAUGAGUUUAGGAAAACUAUUAGCUUGCUAGAUGCUAGUAGUGUGAAAGAUGAAGCAGAAGUUCCUAAUGAAAAAGGCAGUUCUUCUAUUGAAGUCGAUAAUCCUAAGUUAUUGACAACAGAUGUGAAUGAUUCUGAUUUAAAUGAAAUUGUUGAAUAUUCGGGGGAAAUAAAUAAAAUUGCAAAGAAAAUCGUACAAAAUAUCAUAAAGGAUGUUGAAGAAGAGUAUUUUAAUAACAUGAAUGAUGGAAAUAUGGAUGAAAAAGAAAUUAAUGAAAUAAAAAGGGAUGAGAUGCAGGAUAAUACCCCCUCUUCAAUGCAUGAACCCUCCCCUACCCUACUCCAUAACCCUGCUGUGCAUGUUGGAAAUCCCAGUGACGUGUCCGAUAAUGACAGUCAAUGUGUACAAACCACAGACUCUGAUGUUGUUGAGAGUGACACAAUAAAUAUAGAGAAAGAUAACACAAAAGAUGGAGAAGAUACUGACUCUGAUGAUUCAUCAUCAUCUGACUCAUCGUCAUCAUCCUUAGAAUCAUCCUCCUCAGAUGAUGAUACUGAUGAUGAAAGUGACUCAACAGAUUCAAGCUCAGAAGAUUCGUCUGCAGCUGGAAAAGAAAAUUUUAUUUCAAACCAGAGUGGUGGUGAGGCAGACAACAAGGCCAAUGUGGUACUUCCAACUCCUACAGUGGUUGUUCGAAGCCAUGCUAAAGACAGCAAUAUUAGUGUGCAAUGGCAGUGUGCGAGGGUGAACAGCACCAACUAUGCAUUCUCCCAUUACAUGGUUCACGUAGAAGGUGCAUCUUUCUCAGAAGGCAUGCACAGCCAUGGAAGAUGUGAAGUUGUGGACGAUGCCGGCAAUGAGUACAUCAGACACAGCUGGAAUGCAGACUUGGCAAACUCCAUCACUAUCAAGCGUCUAGUGGAAAACUGUACAUACAGAGUUUUUGUUACCGCUAGCUUCUCUCACUCAGACCCUAAAAGAGGUACUCUCCAAACAGUUUCAGAUUCCCACGAAUGCAUAACAGGAGGGCGUCCUCAACCACCCGUCCUUACAGUUAAAAGUCUUAGUGUACAGGAAGUUAUGCUGUCUUGGAAGGCAGGAAUUUGUCAUCGAUCCAUCGGAGUAAUAGGGUAUCAGUUCUUUAAGAAUGAGAAGAGGAAAGGAUCGGUUACUGCUACAACUGCAACAGAGAAAUGCAUUUCAAAGAUUAAUCCUGGUACAACUAAUAAAUACCAAGUCCAGGCAAUUACAGAUGAUGGAAGGAAUAGUGAUCCAUCCAAUACGAUUACGAUCACAUGUCCAAAUAAACCUGCUCCACCUAACCUGGUGGUGGAGCCCUCUACCGAAGCUUACACAGCUCAGAUCAGCUGGUCCACGCCAAAAGGAUCAAAAGGCAGAGUCAUCUCAUCAUACUGUAUCUAUGUGAAUGGCAAGCUUCAUGGCAAUGUAAGUGUUGAUGAGGAUCAUCAGAAAAGUUCAAAGAUUAAAUACAAGCUACAAAAUCUGAAACCAGGAAAAGAUUACGAGGUAACAGCAAAGACGUAUGCUGGUUGGCGGACCGUGAUGGACUCCCCUGAUGUAUUAUGUGGCAUUAUGAGUGAAGAGUCAUCACCUAUCAUCGUCUGUUGCCCAGCUGUGCCAGCUUCCCCUACGCCACGCCUAGCCGGCAUGCACGACAGGGGAAUUGACAUCACUUGGGAUGCAGUCCAGCCAUUUGGUGAUGCUGCAAUCUCUGGAUAUUUGUUGCUAAAAGAUGGUAAAUCUGUGUUGCCCAUAAUGGAUCCGCAUACUCAGCACCAUACAGUGUCAGACCUGGUGCUUGGCAGCACCGUCAUCUUACAAAUUGUGGCCCUCACUGACCAUCCAGUAGGGAGGCUGAGGCAGAAUGGCAGUGAUGAUGGCUCGAUUCAUAGCGAAGACAAUGACAAUGAAUAUUUUGAAAGAGAUAUACAAGCAGAAAAGUACUCAGCAUGUAGACCUGGGCUGAAACUGAAGGUGGAGUACACAGGUUUGGUGCAGCCUCCAACUAAUGUACAGUGCCAGAAUGUUACAUCACAAUCAGCAUACAUUACCUGGCAACAGAGUUAUGAUACUUCUGGUCAUUAUAUAUCGACGGAGCAAUACCAGGUUACUUGGUGGGCCAGUGAGAGGAGGGACAGAAGUGUGCAGAGCCAAAGAACACAAGAUACUUGUUUUAAGUUGUAUUCCCUGGAUCCAGACACACGCUAUACAAUUGUUGUAGAAGCACGGAAGCAAGAAGUCUACAGUACAGGUAGCAGAGAUGAUAGAAACAGCUAUACUUUCAUACUCACUGGUCAGUCUGAUCAAUUGCAUAUUCUCACAAGCAAGCCACCAGAAGCACCUCAUCUUAUUCGAUUAGUAUCUUCAACCUGCAGCUCAGUUGAGCUAUCAUGGAGGCUGCCAAUGUGCAAUGGAUCACAAAUCAUAGGUUUGAGGAUGUAUGUAGUUACAGGAGAUGAAGACUAUUGCAUCACAGAGAGCCAUUUGGAUUUGUCUCCAGAAGCUGUUUCUGCUGUCAUUCCAGGACUCAUGGAAAAUUCUCCCUACAAAUUCAUUCUAGUAGUUGUUACUAAAGAGUAUUUUGACAGCCUACAAGAGAAAGUAAAGACAGAUUCUGAAAUGUCACUGCCAGAGGAAUGGGUGGAAGUGCCAGAAGACUCCCCUUGGUUGCCAUUUGUGUCAGUUGAUGCUAAGACUGCAGGAUCAGAGCCACCAAACAAUCUCAGAUGUGUUAAGUACUCGCAGAAUUCUGUGACUCUUGUCUGGGAUGCACCUCAAUAUGGCAGUGACCGACUCUUAAAGUAUGUGGUGCGUUGGAUGGCUGUCUGUUCUAAGAAAAAGCAAUCUCAAUCCAGUUUAUCUGAAGGAACACUAGAAAUUUUUACAGAAGAGACAUCCGCUGAAGUGAAACUCUUUCCUGGAAAGAUUUACAGUAUCACAGUUGAAGCACAUUUGUCAGACUUCUACCAGGCAUCAAAUGAUGGUGGCUCAAAUGAUGGGUAUAUCACAUGCCUUAGUUCAGAUACAUUCCAGGUCAGGAUCCCAGCACCAGUUGAAGCACCAACACUUUUUAUUAGAGAAUUCACAACAUCUUCCCUUGAGCUGCAUUGGCAAAAACCAGUUUUAUUUACUGCUUUGAAAGCAUCAGAAAAAUCAGGUUGUCAUUUGUGCAUACAUCGUCAUCUUCUGGAAUAUCGUGUGAUAGUGAAUGGAGAGACUUACUGCAAGGUUGAUCCCAGUGCUCUGUAUUGUUCUCUGAAAAAUCUGUCUUCUGACAAGCUAUACAGUAUCCAGAUUGCAGCAAUUACUAAUACCAGCGGAACCACUAAGGGCAGCAGGCAGUCUUUAUUUGAUAUCGUUGACCAGGAUGAAUCAUUGUCACAACCUCUUGAGCUUACUCUUCCAAAAUAUGAGUCUGGAAACCUGGUGAUGGUGCAGGCCUCAUUUUCUUCCGCUAGAGAUCAUGAGGGAAAAAACAAAAGGCAAGAGUCUGGUGAACUAUUGGUGAGCUGGUCUGUUGCAGAUUGUGGCACAGCUGAAGAACAAGGCAUUGUGGGAUACAAUCUAAAUUGGAUUAGCACAGCUGAUGGAAAAGAACAUGUGGCUUCUCUACCGCCUGAUGUCAUGUCUUAUGAAAUCCCUGUCCAUUUUCAAAGAUCUGUGUAUGAUGUGAGAGUUAAUAUACUGAAAGAGGAUGACAUGUGGCAAGACCUAAAUAACCUUAGCAUUCAGUGGAUCAUUCCAGGAUCUCCAGACCCACCAGUCAUUGGCUGUUCUAGCAUUACUCCAGAUGAGUUCAUUCUGGAAUGGGGAGCUCCUAGGCUAUUUGGAAGUGUUGGUAUUCGUGGCUACAAAGUUUACAUGAAUGAUAAACCUAUUGGUAAUGAAUUGAGUGUUAACCAUCACAGAGCAGUUAUACCAUGCAGACCAAACAGGACAUACCAUGUGAGCCUUGUAGCCUUGUGUGCUGAUACUAUGUACCAAGACUCUCUCCUAUCGGAAGAACUUCAGUUAAGAUCUCCUGGAAAUAUCCAUGAGUGCUCAAUUACCGAAAGCAACAAACCAUCAGCAAGAAACAGGCCUAGCCCCACCCAUUCAAAUUCUUCAACCCUUCCAGAGGAUGUGUUCCUUAAUGUUUCCAAAGUCACAGAUACUACAAUCUGUAUACGAUGGAGCAGACCAUCAUUUGAGGGAGAUGAAAAUGUUAAGCGAGUGAAAAUACAAUGGAGCAGUGUGAUGAAACCUAAGGAAAUUGAAGCCUUGCUGAAACCAGUUGCAAGCCAGUACACCAUCAGAAAUUGCGCCGCCGGUGCAGCCCACUUUGUGACGGUCUUCUUGCUGGAUGCUAAUGAUCAGGUCAUCAACAGGUCAAAGCAAAUUAGUAUCGAUACUGCAGCUCCUAUACAGACACCAAAACUCAGUAUUGAAAGCUACGAUUUUCAUCAGUGUACAUUAAAAUGGAAUAAACCUAGAGUUUUCGGCGACACACUACUCACAGGUUAUAGGUUAAAGGUCAACGGGAAAGACUUAAAGACUCUUCUGCCACAAGAGACGUCAUAUGUGUUUACACAGGGAAAGAUGUGCAGGGAAUAUGCAUUCUCAAUACAGGCCCUAUGUAAUGUGAGGUUCUUGAACAGUGAUAUCUCAGACCCAGUGGAAGUCGACUGGCCUGGUGUGAUUCCACCAGCCAUCAAACGGGUGCCAACUACUAAGGCAGCAUCAAUCAAGGUACAGUGGACAGAGCCGAAACUCACAGGAGGAGCAGAAGUUGAACAUUAUAGGGCUGUGUUAUUGGAUGAGUCAGCAGGGCAAAACAAAGCACAAAGACGAGCUGCCACCACCCUAUCACCCAUCAUAGAUCCGAAAACAUUAACUGCUGAAUUCUGUGAUCUAUUAAUCAGUGCAACGUACAAAGUAUUCCUUGAAGUCCAUCUAGAAGGCCUUGAGAGGCCGGUACGCAGCAAAGCUAUAGUUACUAAGGUAGCCAAGAAGCCCUCUAAACCUAUAGUUCGCUACGUAGUUCGUGGAGUAGCAGAACGCCGGAUGCUGGAAAGUGAUGCUUGCAAUUUUAUUAAUGAAAGAGACAAGGUGAGAGUUCACUUGAGUGCUUAUCACCCUACAAACAAGAUAACAGUGAUAGCGACAACAGAUCAUGCAGUUGGGGACAGCGAACCUUCUGAUGUCAUCAUCGUUAAUACAGCGCCAUUCAAACCGUUUGCAAGUUACUGUUUUCACUCAACGCACACUAAAGAAACACGGUUUCCGAGGGUUGGAAGUUGUGCAUAUGUUGAUAGUCUCAUGAGGGAGAUUGGACCAAGUAAUUUUAACAGGGUUGCUACGUUACAUCACGGCUUUAACACACGCAAAAUCCCACCUGCGUCUGUUAGUGUAAUUGAUGUGUACGAUGGAGCGUGGCAUUUAUUAAUCCCAAGUAAAAUAACCAACAAGAACCCAACAAUUAUUCUCUUCUGGACAAAAUGGUGCCUGGCAGCUACAAAGAUGUUAACCUUCUUUGUUGCUUAUGCAAAAAAGAAAGCUUCAGUGGUUUCCUGUAUUGCAUGCUGUUGCGCAAGCCAGGAGUCUACAGGAACCCACCGCCACUCCUUAGCACAAGUGAUUGCAGGUAAUGGUUGGCGGGACGAUAAGGUCAUACGCCAUUGCUGCUGCUGUCAUACAAGUCACGCUGGAUUGAACCCCAGGAGACAAACUUCAUCGAUUUCAAGAACACUUUUAGCAUCAAGUGGUCGAAGGCGCCGUCACAGUACCGUUAGUUUGGAUAUGACGCACAGUUCACAAAGUGCAAAGAUCUCUGUACCUGAGCUCUUUGGAGUCAUUGGAGUACCAACACUGGUUGUAUUACACUCUGAUGGGUACAUUGCAUGGCAAGGUCGUUUUGCAGCCCAAGAUUUUAGCAGCUUUGAGAUGUUUCUUGAUAGAAUAUUAAAAAAAGUUGCUGGAUCAAAGGUUCGUGAACCAUCAAAGACUUCAGCCGAGCAACGUUUGGCCCUCUCAUCACUCAGUUCAAGUACCUUGCAAACGGUCUCUCCAUCUGCGAUACCAUCCUCGCCUCCCUCUCCAAGACGAGCAUCACCGACAUUUAUUCGGGAACGAAACCUACGAUGGGUGGACAAGCCCCAACCAAGUAGUCAGUCAAAAUCCAGCAAUAGCCACGGAAAACCGAUCAAAAAAAUAAGCAUAAACAGACGACCUUACUCUUCGGCAUGUUUAAAGCCUAAAGCACCACCUAGGCCUAAGUCAUCACUCACCAUAUAAACCAACUACUGUAUUGGCCAAGAAUCAUUCACUUUCUGUCAUCAUCUGGUAAUUUUGUUAUACAGUACUCAAUUUGUCAGACUUGCAUGAAGUUUCAAAACUGCUAAAAAAAUAUUUUGCACAUUUGAAACUGUGCAAGGUAAUUUUUUGCACGCUAAUUAAACUUCGGAAAAAGAGUCUAGCCUAUUCUUUACCAUUACAAAUUUUAAAGUUACGGUACAUAUUAUUUUUAUAUCCUUUAUUUUCAACAUAGAUAAUUAAUGUCUGUAAAUGACACAUUUUAUCACCAUUGAUAAAGAAAAUACCUUGAAGAGUUUUAAUAUCAUGUUUACAUGAAUUUCUGCAAAUCUGACAAAGAGUUUCAUACCAUAAGUACGUACUGUAGCUUUUUAGUUUUAACAUUAAAUAGAAUACCGUAUGUCUCAUGAUAAAUUCUAUAAGGUGUAAGGAUGAACUAGUACAUUUGGAAGAAAUAUAAGAAAAAUGAAAACAGGUAUAAUUUUUAUUUUUUGAAGAUAGAACAGAUUUUGUAUUAUGUAUACUUAAUAUUUUGAAAAUGAAUUUCUUGACUACGCACGUUAUUGCCAAAUAUAUUUUUGCACAUACACUAAUGCCACACAGGUAUAGUAGCUAAAAAGUUCUAAAGAUGGAGUGCAAUACAGUUCGGUAUGUUCCGUGAUAAUUUAUUGUUAGUCUAUAUUGAUCCUCCCAAUCAUGUAAAAUAUAAACAUCCUAACAUUUCUCUCAUGUGACUACUCAAAACAGAGUCAGGACUGAAACAUGUGACUAUUUGGUAUUGAAUCAUGUGACUACUUAAGAUCAUUGAAUCAUGUGACUAUCCAGAUUGAAUCAUGUGCCUACCCAAUAUUAAAUCAUGUGACUACUUAGAACUAAGCAUAUGACUAUAAAGGACUGACGACGCAACUACUCAAGACUGAGUCAUGUGAUCAACCAGGAAUAAUUAUUUGACUACUUUUGGGGAUGUUAUAAAAUGUAAAAGUGUUGUGUAUUUUGUGACAAAAUAAAUUUAUCAAGUAGUCAGUCCUUUUGUUAAACAAAA